AUGGGAACAUCACUUCUUCGCUCACAAGUCUUAAAACAUUAUAAAAAGUUAAUCCGUACUUCACAAGCCGUAUUUCAAAAUGAUCCAACACGAAUAGCCAGUAUGACACAAGGCAUACGAGAAAAUUUUGCACAUUAUAAAAAUGUAACUGAUGAAAAAACUAUAAAAGAAUUAAUUCGUGCAGCAAAAGAUACAGAUAACUAUCUUCGUCGAGAAGUAUUACAAACAAUACAAACUGAUGAAAAUACUUAUCGUUUAGUUGUCAAACCUUAUAUGCUUUUCGAUAAUACAAGAUUAAUUCGUGUGUGUGAAGAUGAUGAAAAAGAACAUCAUGAACAAGAAGAAAAAGCUCGACAACAAGGACUAACACCGUGUGAAUUAGCAGCACAAAAAUUGAAAUAA